CCUGGUCGAAUGUACUUAUUGUAAGUCGCUUUGGAUAAAAGCGUCAGCUAAAUGCAAUGUAAUGUAAUGUAAUGUAAUGUAAAAAGAGGCUCCUUUGAAAAGACUCAAAUAGGUUUUGGAAACCAAAUUGCAAGAUUGUUGUGUGCUUUUCAUUCUACAGCGAUCAAAACUGCAGAUGACUGGUCUGGUUGGAUUGGUUUAGAUAUAACAACUGUAUGAAGAAGGUUGUAAGAUGUUUUGAAAUGCAUUCCAUCCAUUCUUAAGCACCUUCCUCAGUUCUGACUGAAAGCUUCUUUUUGUAAAUAACAAAUGACACAAAUAUUUUCAGCUAUUACAUGUCUGUAUGUAAAAGAAACGAAUAUCCUCACAGAGAAAUGUAUGCUAUGUUCCAUUCACCCAGUCUCAUAAUACAUGCUCCCUAGCUACAUGAAGCAUAGGAGGUGUAAAGAUUUUCCACUCCACAGGUGAAAGAAAGAGCAUUUAAACCCUUCCAACUCCAAUUGAAAAACAGGAAGGAAUCACUUAUUUGAAAAAGAAAAACAACUGCCACUGACUCGCUAAGUUGGCUGUUUGAAGCAGCUCACAUCCCCAAUUAUUUUGCAAUUUUUCUUUAUUUCACGGUAAAGAUGAGUGGGUGGAUGUAACAUAGAGGAGGGUGAGAAAGAAGCAGAAGGAAAGGGGGGGGGUUGGCUGAGAGAAAGACAAGGAUAGAGAGAUAGAGAGAGGGAACAGAGCAUACUGUGGCUUGGUUACGAUCACACUGACUGCCGUGCUGAGAGAUAAUGUUAGAGGAGCCAGAGAACGUGGAUUUUUUGACCAUAUAACAACUGUUUUUCACCUGGUAUGGAAUACAAGAAUAUUCGGAAGGAAACAGCAUCUUUCAAUCCCCCACCAUCCUUCACUCCCUCUCCAUCUCCAUCAGUUAAAGUCUGAACUUGGAUCUUUUCUCACUUUGCAAACCUUUUUUCCUUUUUCUCAGCUACAUAUCUUCUGCCUUCUUGUCAGGUUUUCUUUUUGCCAAAGAAAUCAACUUGAAAAUACCGAUUCAAGAAUUGUGUUGUGAUUGUCAUUCUGGCCCCUGCUGACACAGCACGUAGGACACUGAACACAAUUGGGAUUUCUGGUGGGCAAACAAGUAAACUCAGAAGACAAGACAGAAAGGGAGUGAUUGACAGCUAUGGCCAGGGAGGAAUUCUAAAUAUUUUUCCUGAAUAUAAUUUUUUUGUGAGACACAUAGACACUUCUACUGCUGCGUAGGUGCAUAUUAAUGUACUUCAGACAAAAUUACAUAAGAGGUUAAACUUUGGAACAUUUUACCACACACUUUUUCUUUCACUGUAGCAUGUUUGUUUUCAUUCCAAGUUGUGUUUGACACAUACAGUAGAAUCAAUCAGAGAUAUUGGAGUAAACACGCCAGGUUCAGUCAUGCACAGCAGGUCGGUCACCUUUGACCUCUCCAUGCUGUUGGGGGUGUUGCUGUUGUGGGGGCCGAUGGAGUCCAGGGGUCAGAAUGACACAGAGCCCAUCAUCCUAGAGGGGAAGUGCCUGGUGGUGUGCGACUCCACUCCUUCAUCCGAGCCCUCCGGGAACGCCCUGGGCAUGUCGGUGCGCUCCGGCUCCGGGAGGGUGGCCUUCUCCGCCAGCCGCCAGACCAACCACGAGCCCACAGACAUGAGCAACCGCACCAUGAUCAUCUACUUUGAUAAUAUUUUGGUGAAUGUGGGCAAUCAUUUUGACCAGGAGAGCAGUGUGUUCCUGGCGCCAAGAAGGGGCGUGUACAGCUUCAACUUCCAUGUUGUAAAGGCCUACAAUAGACAAACUAUUCAGGUCAGCUUGAUGUUGAAUGGCUGGCCUAUGAUUUCAGCUUUCGCUGGUGACCAGGAUGUGACCAGAGAAGCCGCCACUAACGCCGGCCUGGUGAUAAUGGAGAAGGGGGACAAGGUUUACCUCAGAUUGGAGAGAGGAAACCUGAUGGGAGGCUGGAAGUACUCCACUUUCUCCGGGUUCCUGGUGUUCCCCCUGUGAGGAAGGUGGUUGAGGUGUUAGAAAGUGAAGAGUUUAUCGCCGAGUGUGUUUCUUCAGAAAGGUGAUGGAAAGGGAAUCGGAGGUCGCAGUUGUGAGAAAGAAGCAGAGAAAAAAAUAAUGGAUUGAAGAAAUGGAAGGCUUCAAUCUGAAACUCUGAAAAUAUUUGUUCGGUUAUAAGAGAUUACAUUAUAAAAUAGCCAAUGCGCAAAGUGGGCUUCUCUGCUCAAAUUACAUUUGAUUUGAUAAGUGUUUGCAACAUUGCUGUGCUCCACAUGGCAUCCUGUCUAGCUUACAAAUGUGCCCCUCUAUAUGCCUGUUAGUCUCCUGCAAAAUGUUCAUUUAUAUUUCUUUUAAAGAGAAAAUAUUGAAAUAAAAUCCUAUAAUAUUG